AUGUUUGGCGACCUAUUAGCGACUGGCUCUUCAGUCAUAGCAAAAGCUUCCAAUUUAGGCAUCUCUGGCCUUAAGUUUAACUCCAAAAAGCAUUAUGGCUUUUCAGGGAAGGAUGUAAAAGAAAACAUAUGGAAUACCAUAAAUGGAAAAGGGAACUAUUCCCAGGUGUCUCAGCUUGAAUCGCAGCUUUCUGAAGAAGAAAAGAGCGUUCGCCUUUAUAUUGAAGUUGCUCCUAAAGCUGGAGAUUCGUUUUCAUCACUUUCAGUUUAUAAGGUUUCCGACGGUGAAGCAGUUACAUUGAAUUUCAAUCCUGAGGACAAUAAACUCUAUUUACUGGAUUUUUGGGCUACAUGGUGUGGGCCUUGCCAAGAGCCUAUGAAGCAUAACCAAGAAAUGCUUGAAAGAAACCCUAGCUGGGAAGGACUUGCUGAAAUCAUUGCAGUUUCUUUGGAUGAUACCAAAGAAGAUCCAGAUGCCAGAAUGAGAGAAAAAGGGUGGAACAAAAUUACUUCAUAUUGGGCAGGCGCAGAAGGAUUUGGUAGUACCUCAGCUAAAAGCUUAGGAAUUGAAGGAAUUCCUUCCUGCUUUUUAGUUCGCAAUGGAAAACUUUUAUGGUCUGGCCAUCCAGCUAACACCACCUCUUAAAUUGGAACUAAAAACCUUUAUCGAAUUUAAGGAUUGUUUAUUAUAAAUUAAAUAUAUUUUUAAAAAUAGUGAUUCAAAGCAUAGUUAUUUAAAUUGCGCUGCCCGUUUAAAUUAGAAAAAGCUAUAGUUAAAAUUUUAUUUUGAUGACAUUAAACUGAGUAUGAAUAGAAUUUAAUAUUUUUCGCUAUUAACAUUAAAAUUUUGUUCUGAUUUUCAUUUCCAAUAUAAAGCCGGAGUAAGGUAGAUCUAGAAAAAUUAAUAAACGAAGGAAUCGCCGGGAGUCCUUUAUCCUUACCUCCACCUCCUCCUGAAGUAGGAGAUCCUUGCCCUACCCUAAAUGUUUUGGAUACAAAUACAGAAGAAGCUGUCGCUUUGACAUGGCGAGAAGAUGAUGGCAAUGUUUACUUGAUCGAUUUCUGGGCAACAUGGUGCGGACCUUGCCAAAAGCCAAUGCAGCAUAAUCAAGAUAUGCUUGCAAGCCAUCCAGAAUGGGCAGGCAAAUUUGUUAUCUUAGCAAUUUCUUUGGAUGAUGGGAAAGAUGAGGUAAUUGAAAGAUAUAAUCAAAGAGGAUGGACUUUGGUAAGGAACUUGUGGGCUGGUCCUAAAGGAUUUGACGAAUCAGCUCCACAAAUUUUUGGAGUUGAUGGGAUUCCUACUUGUGUGCUAGUUCACAAAGGAAAAGUUCUUUGGAAAGGACAUCCAAGUGAAAGAAAAUUCGAGCAAGAUGUUGACUUACAUAGCUUAAAUUAUUAUGAAAAGCUUCCUAAUAGGCCCUUUUGAAUUUGCUUUUCACGUCUUUUUGCUUAGUUCCACUGUUUUUUGCUAGUCCCAAGCAUGGCCUAAAACUGCGUGCUCCUCUUGGACAGCGGCCUGCACUCUCAACCUGACAGUAACGAUUGUAGAUUACUAUUAUACACGUCAGCGAACUAACUAUUUCAAAAGUAAAUUUCUGGUCAGCCAGUCGAUGAGCUGAAACUCAUAGUCCUGGGCGCAAGUCCUGGUAUCUAGAUUUCGUCCCUAUUGGCUAUGUGACCACCUCUGGUAUUUCUUUUUCUAAAUUCCAAGUUCAAUCUGGUCUUGGGAUAGGGUUGCCCUUAGUUUGAGCUGUAUCCUUAGUCUGGCGUUGUUCACCAAACAGGCAUUAACCCGGUCGAAUCUUACGCACAAAUCUCCCUCUAAAAGUUCCCAGCUACCCUUAUAACUACGUCGUUAAAAGGAAAGGUUGGUUCUCUAUGCCAGUUUUAUGCCGAAUAUGAUGUUGAUGCUUUAUUAAAAGGAGAGCCAUUCCCAACUAAAUAUCAACAAGGAGAAGUUCAUCUGAUAAGCAAAGAAGAAUAUGACGGAAGAAUCGAAGCAUUGAAAAAAGUUUAUGAAGAGUUUAUAUCAGCAAACCCAUACAUUGAACCUCCUACAAUUAAUUUUGAUGCAAAAUUAUCACAAACAGCUGAUUCUCAUGAAGAAACUCAAGAAUCCUUCAUUUACGGUGAAUAUUCAGCAACUGAAAAAGAUGUAGCGGCUUCUCUUGCUGACAAAGUAAAAGAUGUAUUCCCAGAAGCUGAAAUAAGAGUAAAGGCUAUUCCUGCUGAAGCGUCUUGUGAAAGAGGCAACCAAUGCAACCUUUGCAAUGCUCCAUUAACACCUAAUGAUAUUCAAUAUCAGUGCUUAUACUGUGAUCCAAAGCAUUACCAUUGUGAAAAUUGCGAAAAAGUGGUCAAAGAAGGCAUAGCUGGCUCUGCCAAAUUUGCCCACCCUCACUCUGUAUUUGUUAUUCAUUAGAUUGAUAUUUAUAACUUUUUUGCCUUUUAUGGGUUGCCUAAAUCUAGAGCUUCCCGCUUUGUCUUUCCCACACCGGGCCCACAAGUCGCUGGGCCGACCUGCUUUAUUUCACCAAGAUGUGUCUGCUAAAAUCCAAAAAAUGUAUUUCUCGGCAAAAGGAAAAAUACAUAGCCCUAGGUGUAACUUUCGGUUUCACGCUAGGUACUUGCCCUUAUAGCCUUAAAGACUUUGCUGGGCUUUCCCUUUCAAACUAUUGCGCUCUCCUUCCCAUGAGAUAAAAUCAAUUCCUGAAAACGGACUAGGGCUAGGCUCUGCUCACUGCUAGAAUUGCUUACCUAGCAUAGCUGUCUAUCUCUGGUAUAGCAAAACCUUGCCGGGUAUAAUUUAAAUAGGGCUCGAGACUGUCUGGCAUUCCGGUCAGACCCAAUUUGAUACGCCUUAUUAAUUAUCCUGCAUUUUUAUUCACCCAGCAGCUCAAAAACUCGACUUUUUGAAGUUUGGAGCAAGCACCCAUGAGAAAACUGAAUUUGCAGAGGAUCAAGAAGACAAGAAGCACUGGUGUGGGUGUGAUAAUAGAAAUACAGGACAUUGUGAUGGGACUGUCGCUGGGACAAGGUAUAAGUGUGCUCAUUGCCCAGAUUUUGACUACUGUCAAGCGUGCCAGGAGAAAUAUGAAGCUAAGGAAGAAAAGACAAUUGCUUGGGGAUAAGGAUCAGAGGAAAUUAAUUCAGUUCCUGGCCAGUUGAGUUCUAGCCUCUCCCUUAUAUGGCGUUAAGCAUUAAUUAUAUAAAGCCCUUCUUAAAUGAUAGAGUUCCAAGUAAAAUGUGGAGAGUCGCCCAAACUAGAUUAUGAAGCAAAGAAUUCUCUCAUGAUUUUAUUUGUUUAUUGCUUGGGCAGAUAGCCAUGGACAUAGAUCUUGGCAUAUCAUGAUAAAAUUGAGGAUUCCUUAA